AGCCAAUAUACAGUUCUAUCUCUUUUCACUUGAAAAUGGCAGCAGUGACUGUCGAAAUAUUGUGAAAAUAAAUCUGUGAUUUGAAUGAAUCAUGAUCUUCUCAGCAGUUCUCUACUUCAUUUCAUUACUGUAAUUUAAUAGUUGAUACCUUUAUAUUAGAGAUAAACCGACUAAGUAGCGAUAUAUUAAAACAAUACUUAUAUCUAACACAUAUGCAUCUUUCUUUCCUUUGGUUAUUCUUAUUUUUCGUCUCAGAAGUUGUUAAUAUUCAUAUGGAAUUGUUUGUGCCUGUGAAAGCUAUUCUUAUUUUGUCACAUUACAUAAAGUGUUUUGCAGUUUUUGCUCGGUUCAUUUUUUCCAUUUAGGAAAUUUAGAAAAUGACAAUGACGAGAAGCAAUUGAAAGAUCGAUGUUUUGCAUUUUUUGGAUGUACAGUGGUAAUGUUAAUCACCGAAUUUGAGACGCCUGUUUGCCUAUUAAAACAAUUCAAACAUGUAUCAACAAUCGUUCAAACAGUCAGUUGUCCAUCGCUGCACAUGGUAUACAUUGGUUGUAAUAAAUUGGAACGUCAUUUAACAGGAGAUGGUGUUGACAAAAAUGGGAAUAUUAUUUUAUUAGAUGAUCGUCAUGAAGGUACAAACUUUUUUCGACAAAGAUUAAUACAAUUUCUAGUAUCCAUGUUUACGUUCGACGAACGUCAUUUAUCAGCAGUUGUUCUUCAUCCACAGGAUCGAAAGUUAACGUUUGCUACAACAUAUAACAGAGGAAGGACAUAUUCCUUUAUUCGACAAGAAAUGGAAAUUAUUCUUGGUGUUAAUGAUUGUAAAAAACUUCCACAAAUGGUAACAACAGAUCCACCAGCAAGGAAAAAACAUAAGACUUUAGAAGAAGAAUUCGAUGAUCCAACAGACGAUGACGAUGGUAGCUCAACAUUACAUAAAACAGGAGAACUGCAUAAAUAUUUGCAGUUUAAUGUAGAUGAAAAAUACAGACAAGCUAAUCCAUUAUUAUUUUGGCACGAUUACCAAAGCAGGUUGCCAACUUUGGCUGUAUUGACUCGUCGUCUGUUUUCAAUACCAGCCAUGUCUGCCGGUGUGGAAAGACAAUUUAGUGCAGCUGGUCUAAUUAUUAACGAACGUCGGGCAUCAUUGAACCCAGAAACCGUUGAAGAUAUAUUAUUUGUCAGAUCAAUGGAGAGAUUACUCGUGCAAUCAUCAAAAUUUUUUGUUUAA